UACCUUUAUUCAAAUGACGAUUAACUGGCCGAGACUGGUGAUAUUUGUGGCAGUGUUGUUAGUGCAUACUGGUUGUGCUGUGGCCACCCGCUGCCCGGAUUGUGGGAGGACGCCUGUCCCGUAUCCGCUCAGCACUGGACCAACAUGCGGCAAUCAGUUGUACAAGAUCCAGUGUGAUGUGGAUGUGUUGAAGUUCGAUACAAUCAAUAACACUUACCCUGUGAUAUCAAUAUCGCCGGAAAACCAACGGUUAGUGAUAGGGCAAUCGCAUUUCUUACCAAACACCUGCGUCAAGGCCGAUCUUGCCACCAACGGUAUCCAGCUGAACACCUCCCUGCCCUUCACCAUCACCGCCGACAAUACCGUGUUCUACUUCAACUGUACGGAUACAAUGUUCUCGGUGGCAUUAGAUUGCACACCAACAAGCCCUUGCCAGACCUACCAGAACGGCUCGGCUCACAUGUCGACAUGCCGGCGUGCUCCACGUUGUUGUUCCUACAAAAAAGGAAGCUCAACGAACCAAUAUUUCCUUCGGCUCAUGAUUGAACGAUGUAGGGCUUACACAAGCUUCGUGAAUCUAAACAUCUCUUUACCGAUUAGCAGAUGGCCGGAUCCUGCUGUGGAGUUGAUGUGGGUGCUACCGCUGGAGCCGCCAUGUGUGACACAGGCGCAAUGUGAUUCAACCUCCACCUGUAGGGACGCCCAAGACGGCGGGAGAAGGUGUUUCUGUAACCAUAAAUUCCGAUGGGACGCGAUUGCUGGUCGGUGCGCUUCGGAUUUCAAAAAGGUCAGAUCAAAACGGAUCAUGAUUGUUGCAACUACAAUUUGCUGUGUUGGGAUUAUUAUCAUGUUGGCUGUAUUCGCGAUGACAAUUUGUGUUCGUCGUCAAAGAGUCAAAGCAGCACGGCAACGCCUUUCUCGUGAGCGUGAAGAGAUCGUAGGGGCGAGCGGUGGUGGAAGAUCAUCCAAGAUCUUCACCAGCAAAGAGAUAAAGAAGGCUACAAACAACUUCUCGUCAACGGGUCUUCUCGGUGUCGGAGGUUUUGGUGAAGUGUAUAAAGGUGUGUUGGACGAUGGGACGACGGUGGCCGUUAAAUGUGCCAAGCUCGGAAACACCAAAAGCGUUGAUCAAGUCUUGAAUGAGGUUCGUAUCCUCUGCCAAGUCAACCACAAGAACCUUGUACACCUCCUAGGUUGUUGUGUCGAACUGCAACAACCGUUUUUGGUGUACGAGUAUAUUCCAAACGGAAGUCUCUUCGAUCACUUGCAUGAUCGUAACAAACAACCUCUAACAUGGAGUCAACGGUUAACUAUCGCUCAUGACACCGCCGAGGGGCUUGCUUACCUCCAUUUCUCCGCGUCUCCACCGAUCUACCAUCGUGACGUGAAGGCUAGCAACAUUUUGCUCGAUGACAAGAUGAAAGCAAAGGUCGCAGAUUUUGGUUUGUCAAGACUAGCUCACUCGGAUGUGACUCAUGUAACGACUUGUGCCCAAGGUACAUUGGGGUACCUUGAUCCUGAUUAUUAUUGGAACUAUCAGUUGACCGACAAGAGCGACGUAUAUAGCUUUGGAGUCCUGUUGUUAGAAAUACUAACGUGUCAAAAAGCUAUAGACUUUAAUAGACCGACAAAUGACGUCAACUUGGUUACUUACGUCAAGCGAAUCGUGAGCGAGGAAAGAUUGGUGGACGUGAUUGACCCGAUACUCAAGAAACGCGCUACGUUGUUAGACUUCGAUGCUAUGAAAGCAUUUGGGUUCCUUGCGAUGAGUUGCUUGGAAGAACGAAGAGAAAACCGGCCGUCUAUGGAAGAAGUAUCCGAGGAGAUCGAGUAUAUCAUGGGUAUCGUCGCAACCAUGGUGGAUGAUCAUUCUCGGGAUAGGUAGGUCGCUUCGCAUGUCGUCAUGCCAGCACGAGUUAUACAUCAUGCAGUAAAAGUUGUACAUAACACGUUAGAUGUUGUACAUCAUAUGUUAGGUACAAAUCGUGCAAUGCAAUAUAAUAAAAUGUAAUAUCAGUUUUUUUUUU